UAUCUAUUUGCCACCCACCACCACCACAGACGCGAGGAAACGAAAUUCUGCCAGGCGUAUUGCGAGAAAGACGUGCAUAUGACAACACCGCCACCCAGUCCGCCUACAGCGCCGCGAUUACGGCCUGCUGCCCUUCCGGAAAUUGAAGAUGAACCUGUGAAGGGACCGGAACAAGUCACCGAGGAUACAGAUAUUUCGACUUUGACGACCGCCCAGGUCUUUGAUUUGAACCAGAGCCUCCUCGACGAAGCCACAGGCGUGACGCGUCCGCUGAUCGAUGAGAUUGCUCCGAUAUCAACUUUACGCGCCGAGUAUGAGAACGGCAGCCCUGCAUUCGUCAGGCAAAUAGACUGGCUGACCACCAAGGGCUAUCACUACAUCAGAAGAACAAAAGGCGACGGAGAUUGUUUCUACAGAUCCGUGGCAUUCGCAUAUGUGGAACGCAUGAUGCACGCGCUCAAUCCGGCACAGGCCGUGGAAAAGGGUGUUGCAACACUGAAAUCUACUCUACCCAUGCUGGAGAACGUGGGAUUCCAAAGAUUGGCGUUUGAAGAUUUUUACGACGUGCUCGAAUCGCUCCUUUUGAGUAUUGUCACGCCACAAGUCACCGGCAAAACCCUCAAUGCGGUCGGGCUUCUCGAGGCGUUUCAGUCUCCCGAAGUAUCAAACUCUAUCGUCGUUUAUUUGAGACUGCUGACUUCCGCCCAAAUACGCAUCGACCCUGAUGCGUUCGCUCCCUUCCUUUUCCAUCCGGAGCUAGGUGAGCCAAUGGAAGUGCGCGAAUUUUGUGAGCACUUUGUAGAGGCCGUUAAUAAAGAAGCAGACCACGUCCAAAUGACUGCCCUGUCGAAGGUGCUCCAACUUAACGUCAAUGUUGCUUAUCUCGAUGGCAGAAACAGUAAUGGGCUAGUCGAUUUUGUCGAAUUUCGCAGUGCGCCUGACGCUAAUGAGACGCCGCUCGCACUGCUCUACAGACCCGGGCAUUAUGAUAUCCUAGUAGACUCUGAAUGAUGCAGGCUUAGGUAUGGAUGUGUGAUAAAAGAGCAGAACGACGUCUUCGUACAGCAGUGUCCUCCUGAACUUAAUCCCUGUCAUCUCUAUUCCCUAAUACACAGAGACCAGGCGCAUAUUCGACCCUCGCUUGCAAUCAACGUCACAAU